GUUUGUUACUUGGUUACCUUAGACCAUGAUAUGUAAAGGAAUGUUCCAGAAUACUCCGCCAUCAUUUAUAUUGUUUAUAUAAUUUGAAAUAGUUGAACAAUAUACGUCAUACAAAAUUGAUUUUGAUUGUAAAAUAUAAAUUAAAUAUAUGAAUUAUAAUAUAAUUAAUACUACACAUGUGGAACCCCCAGAAAAAAGGAUUGGAACAUUACUGUUGUUAAAUCCAAAAAUCGAGUUAAACAUAAAUAUGGCAGUUAUAAAAUAUUACCAUUUUGGACGACAGUUGAUUAAUAUGGCGAAAGUAAAUGCAAAAGAAAACGAUUUGGAAAAAGCAUAUGUUUACUAUACAAGAUUUAUGACAUUAUUUUUGGAAACUAUUAAAGAACAUCCAGAUUACAAAAAUGUACCAAUUGAAGAACGUAAUUUAAAUUAUCGUGCACUUCGCAAAGCUUUUCUAAACACAGAAAAUAUAAAAACUAAAUUAUUAAAACAAUUUAGGACACAAUAUAAGUUGCGUCAAGAACAAAAUAAAAAUCACCAGACCAAUGUUGAACAAGAACACUACAACUCCGUACAAUCUUCAUCAAAUAAUUGUUCCAGUCAAUUAAAUUAAAGAGUUUAAAGAAAAAGUACAAUAUAAUACAUGCAAUAACUUAAAGACUUGUGGAAUAUUAACAGAAAAAUUGGUGUCAAAAUAAAAUUGAUGAAAAACGGGAAUUUUUGUAUGAAUCCAGUUAAUUAAUCAAAAAUGAAUAACUGCUUUAGUGCUUUAUAU